AUGCUGUUGCAGGUUCUUGUCUGGGACGUCUUGCAUAAUCUGCAUAAAGAUUACGUUCUCCUAACGAAGCAUCGCAUCAGCUUCGUCACUGUGGCGUAUGUCUGGGACGUCUUGCAUAAUCUGCAUAAAGAUUACGUUCUCCUAACGAAGCAUCGCAUCAGCUUCGUCACUGUGGCGUACUUUUUAUCCAGAGUGGCUGGCUUAGUGUACGCGGUCGGAAGGGCCUUGCUACUGACCACCCAGGUGGACGAUUGUAGAAGACUCGAGCUCGCCAACAUGUCCUUCCUCACCAUCUGUCUCUGCCUCGACACACUCCUCUUCUACGUCCGUGUCUGCGCAGUGUACUGUAACGACACCCGCAUCGUUGUCUUCUUCGGGCUUUGCUGGCUCGUCGUCGUCUCGACGGCCGCCCUCGUCCCGCUCAUCUUCGCUGAUUCGGUCAUGCAUAUCCUCCCCACGAAAUACUGUGUUGAGCUCCUUUAUUCGAGGUCGAGGUCGCUCAAGCCGACGAGCCUCGCGGUGAUGGUCUACGACGUGUUCGUGUUUUUCGCGACGUCGUAUCGGUUUUAUCAGCUGUAUAGUGCGGAGGGGACAUCGAUUCCAAAAGGACUGAAGAUCGCGUUUUUUGGCGCGUCAAUGCCGGCCUUUUCCAAGGCGAUGCUGCAUCAAAGCCAAGUCUACUAUCUAAUCAUUGCAUUAUGGAAGAACGGCUCCCUCGUCUGUUGGCUCAUAUUCGGCGCCAAACAACAGCUCUUCGUCCUCAUGCACCUGGCCCCAGCGACCGUCGUCUUAUCGAACAUCCUAACUUGCCGCGUCUUUAGGAACACGAAGCUCGGGCUUGUCAGCGAGCCUCCGAGGCUCGAAACUCUCCGGAUAAGCACCGUCAGCAACAACAACUACGAUAUCCGCUCGUUUUCCAAUUCAGCACUCCAAGCAUUCUCUAACAGACGGUUCUCCAUCAGACUUCGAUUGAAGAUGUCCCUCAGCUUCAAUGCGCUACUGCCCUUGAUAUUUGGCCUCAAUCCAGGCGAUAGCCUCAGGGUGAACUUCUCAAUCUACGUCCAUGUGGGAGCUCUGAGCGUUAUGAUAUGGGAUGGGAUCCACAACCUCAAGGGCGAUUAUCAGCUUAUUGUCUCCGGAACAUCGAAGAUACGGAUGGUGAUCUUCUUCGUGUCGAGAUCGUUCACCCUCGCAUAUGCCUUGGGGCGGUCGUUAUAUAUCACGCUCCCAACGACGACCUGCGGCCCCCUCCAAUCCGCCCUAACCGCAUCAUACAUCAUUCUUGCAUGCACCACCACCCUCCUCGCAUACCUACAUCUCAGCUCCCUAUUCUCCAACCACCCAAUCAUCCUCACAACAUUUGGCGUGUCAUGGGCCACCGUAGUCGGGGCCAGCAUGCUGAUCGUACCUGGCGUUAAGGACAAUAUCUUCUUUGCAUAUUGUUCUGAGGCCGUGGAAAAUGAGUACACCGCUGCAGCAUUUAUUACCACCACAAUAUUCCACGCCUUGCUCUCCAGCGUGGUUCUGUUCGCAGCACUGAAGGCCACAAGCAAGGCGAAAAAGGGGAGGGAAGGCGUGCAAUCCACGAUUCAAGAAAGCUACUGGGCGGCGAUCGACCAGAGGAGCCGUAUCCCGAAGCUUGCCAGAGAGAUCACUGCGGACAUGCAUUGCUGUUACUUCACCGCCCUGCUAGCCAGCUUGGUACAAACGAUAUGGUUCUUCGCUUCUGCGCACACAUCCGCCUCCUCCCCACGCACCGAUCCGUUCCGUCUCACGAUGAUGGUCUUCUAUGCCGUCGUGGCUAACGUCACCGUCUGCCGCGUAUACCGCACCUCCACGCUAGACUCCGUGUCAGUACAGAGCGCUGCAUGUGGGGCCCCAUCGACACGAUCAGGCUUCGGUGCCGGAAUGAUGCGCAUGGCGUCUGGGAACCAGCUCGGGAUGGGGACGAAGGAGCGCGAGGGCACUAUCACGGAGACUGAGGCCGAGAGGGACUCGGCUGUCGACCUUCAGAUUGUCACAAGGAAAAAGGAUGUAGAGAAGGUUGGCGGGUAUCAAAGUGAUUUUGAGGACGAUGGAAAAGGAGGGAAUAUAACGGCAGUGCAGAAGUCGGCUGGGGAGGUGUUCACCGUGAGAAUGGUUUGA